AUGCAGAGACUAGAAGGCAUGUCUUUCAGAAGAUCCUCAAACUCUGCAAGACAUGCCAGUUACUUCUCGAAAGAGUAGUAAAUGGAGAGCUUCAGGCAGAAAUGGAGUACCUGAUGAAGGUGUUGAAAAAGGUGCUUGGAUUUAAAAAAGAUUUCGAUGAUUUCCUGAUGAGGGAAGCAGAUGCCCUGCUGGAUGCAGGAAAGGGACCUUAUCAUCAGGAAAGAGAACCAGAAGAGGAGGAUGAGGUUAUAGCAUGGCCUCUGAAUCUUCUACCUCCUGCUCUAUGGUCCGAACGAGGGGCAUCCGUUUUCCAACCACCUUGUCCACCUCCACGUACACCACCUUGUCCACCUAAGGGCAAUAGGAAGAAGCGGAAGAGGGCAGAGUCUCCUGUCCCAAUGCCUCAAGGCAACAAAAAGAAAAGCAGGAUUUUCUCCACACCAUCCACCUCCUCAUAUCCGGGUCCAUCAUUCGGUGGAGAAGCAAGCAAAAUGCCUUUUUGGCAUCCCCCCGAACAAAGUGAUGUUAUGAGGUUUUUGUUUGGGGAUCAUUUGGCAUCCCUGUGUGAGGAGCGCCCGAGGCAGCAUACACCCCCUUGCUCCCCGCUCGCUACACCACUGCCAUCAUUCCCGUCCCAAUGUGUGGCAUCCCCAACUUCUGCAUCCCCUCCUUCACCUCCUUGCCUGCCUGAAGGCAAUAGGAAGAAGCGGAAGAGGACAGAGUCUCCUGUCCCAAUGCCUCAAGGCAACAGGAAGAAGAGGAAGAGGGUGGAGUCUUUGACCCCAGUGCCUCAACACCGCCCAGUCACGAGGUCGAUGACGAGAGCUUGUGGGACAGGGAUGCCAUUUCGGGUAAGACAAAUGAAAUUUAUGUUUUUUCAUAUUUUUCAAUUUUUAAUGAAGGAAUUUUGAGUUUUUACAUAUUUUUCUCUUGUCACGGAGUGAGAACUGAAUUAAAUGAAUGAAAAUAUAUCUCAAAUUUGAGGAAUUAAGUAUAAAUUGAAAUGCAUUAAAAGUGUGUAUAAAUACUCCAUACAAGAGAGUCGUGUUCACAUCAUAUU